AUGCCGACCCUGGACUUUGAAAUCGAAUGCAAAGAGAUACAUGAAUCCUGGAUACGACCACCUGAGCAGCUUAAUCAAUUGGUUCGAUCUUUGGCACGACGAAAACGGCAUGAAAGGCAACAGAUUCGAGAAACUUACAAGGGAAUCUAUGGAGAGGACUUGGUAAGCAGACUGCAGCACAAGGCAGAUGGGAAUGAUGCUGAUCAAAUAACCACUGGGAUUUCACCAAAUUUAUGUGCAGCUUUGUCACUUUGGAUGAUUAAUCAGCAUGAACGUGAUGCAAUUUUCAUCCAGGAGGCCCUUCAUAAUGACCAGCAAGGUCGUCAUGGUAAAAAAUAUAAUGCUCUUGUAGAGAUUUUUGCUAGUCGAAAAUCGAGUCAAAUCCUACUCAUCAAACAAGCAUAUCACACAAAGUUUAGAAGGCAGUUGGACCAAGAUAUCAUCAAUAUUGAGCUUCCCCAUCCUCACCAAAAGAUAGUGGUAGCACUGGUGGCAUCACACAAGGCACACCAUGCAGAUGUUAACCAAGACAUCGCAAAGUCUGAUGCACGGAGACUUUUUGAAACAGGCCGGGAACGAAGUUCUUCAGGCAUACAAGAAGCUGUCGUAUUAGAAUUAUUUAGCAAACGCAGUAUUCCACAGCUUAAGCUUACUUUUUCUUGCUAUAAACACAUCUAUGGACAUGACUAUAAAAAGUCCCUGAAGUCUGUAAGCUCUGGUGAAUUUGAAAAUGCAUUGAAAAUGGUCGUACAAUGCGUUCACAACCCACCUAAUUAUUUUGCAAAGAUAUUGCAUGCAAGCAUUAAAGGGUUGACAAGUAGUAGCACUAGUGAUGAUAAAGGGGCUUUGGUUCGUGUGAUGGUGAGCAGAGCAGAAGUAGACAUGGAUGAGAUUCAAAGAAUGUUUAAGAAGAAGCAUGGAGUUGAACUCAGAGACGCAAUAAUAUCAUCUGUAACGGGGGAUAACUGCUACACAGACUUUCUUGUUGCCUUGGCUUCAAAAUCAAAAUGAAUAGUCCGUACGUUUUGACGUCAUCCGCAGAAUCAUCAACUGAACGAUCUAACUUCUUUCUUUUCAUUUUUCUCAUAAGAAUCAACUGAUGUACAUAGCCUCUUCUUAUCAGCUUAGGUGAUGUAGGACGAUAUUUUAGUCAAUUUCAACAAAAAAAUCUCGAAAAGAAAAAAUCGUCUUCACAUUAAGAAGAAUAAUUUGAAUAU